AUGCUGUCCACCAAUUCACCCCAGGGCAUCUCCCGCCGACGAAUGCAGCACAGGCGCCAACUCUCGACACCAAACGCAUUCGAGAUGCCCAGCGUACGACACAGCCCUGUCAGCCAACAGCAACGGCGGCACAACCGGUCAGGCAUGAGCCUGGAUCUCCGAGGCCUCAACCUCGAGUCGAUCCACGCACCCAGCCCCGGUCCCUACCAGCAGGAGCACAGUGCCGUAAGUUUUACUAACCAUCUAGGACAACCACCACAGCAAACUAUGCAAGUAGCGCAAUCGCACAGCCAGCCCCAGCCGGGCCCCCGGGAGGCCUUCCUACACUCCCCAGUACAGUUAUCUCCCAGGUGCAGAUCACCGCGGACACCUCUCUACGCUUCCCGUCCGCAGUCUCCCCAGCAGCAGCCUCAAUCACCUAACAGACCCCCUACUGAACAACAGUUGAAAGACCUCCACGAGCACAUCCAGUCCGUCUAUGGCUCAUGUGGACAGGUUUUCAUCAACAUUCUCCCCACACCUGCACCAGCAGCAACACAAGCAGUCAUCCCAGAAAAGCCCGCACAACUGCCGAGUCACCAGUCCUUUGGCAUGGCUCCUCAUCCCACAAACUUCAACGAGGUUGCAGACAUCAACCUUCAGCCAACAUCGCGUGCCAUGACUUUCGACUUCGAGAACCCAGACGCAGACAAUGGAUACGACUCUUCAGGGUACUACACCUCCGAUGUCUCGCCGUCACCGCAAGCCUCGCCGCGCAUGAGGAUGUCACAGCCUUUCCUCCAGGGCAUUGCAGAGGACCCGUCUCAGGAGACGCCGUUCUCGCACCCUCCAACACUACUCCCUGCUUUGGACCCCCACAUGUCGUCACAGGGCAUGUCCAACGGCCUCUCGCUUCCCGUCAGCCCUUUUGAAGAAGCGCCAAUGUACACAGAUCUCGAGAUUGAUGCAAGCCUCGAGUACACCGGCAUCGCUCCCGAGGAAGUGCAGCGAUACAUCAGCGAGCAGGACCCCAAGACAAACAAAUGGAUGUGCCUGUACCAAGACUGCGGUAAAGUCUUCGGCAGGAGGGAAAACAUUCGCUCCCACGUCCAAACACAUCUCGGCGAUAGGCAAUACAAGUGCAACGGAUGCGGCAAGUGCUUUGUGCGACAACACGACCUGAAGCGCCAUGCAAAAAUUCACACAGGAAACAAGCCAUACAAGUGCCCCUGCGGUGCCGGCUUUGCGCGACAAGACGCACUUACACGGCACCGACAGCGUGGCAUGUGUGUUGGUGGAUUCGCCGACGCAGUGCGACGACAGGCCAAGCGUGGCAGGCCGAAGAAGCAUCGUCCGGAGAUGGAGGAGCGUGUAGAAAAAGCAAGCAGGACUCGACGUGCUCUUGUCUCUGCCUCUUCCUCCGUCUCUGCAAGCUCACCCUGCUCCGAUACUCGAUCGCCAUACGAGCCGUAUGAGUCGACACAGUCGCAAUUGCAUUCCGAAACAGGAAGCUUCAACGAGCCAACGAGCGCACCAACAGAUCCAUUCAGCUUCGAGCCCCAAUCUAGCCCGUACCAUGAAGAGACGAACGAGGCAAGCUUCACGCUCACCACAUCUUACGCCGGCGAGGUUGCAUCCAUGAACCUCCUCCAACAGCUAUCCGACGAGCCAGCACAAACACCUCCCCUGUCACCAGCUGAUUACCGCCCUCGUUCGCGCGAAUCGACACGCGACCGCAAACAAUCAUUCCAGCCGAGCCCUUUGAAGGUUUCAGAUUCGCCAUCGCGGUCCUCAGUCCAGUCGCAACAGUUCACAACACCGCCCACAUCGCCGGUCGAACCAAAGGACGAACUAGAAGACCUCUUCGACAUUCGACCUGAGCCUUCGUUUUCGCAGUUCGACCUCGAGAUGAGAGCCAUGAGCGACUUCACAGCCGGUGACUCGAACUCAUACGACUUUCUAGACUUCGCUGCUGUAUAA